UAAUUCGAAAUUAGUUCUCUUAUGUACUUCACCGAGUGCAGUUGUCAAAUCAAAAUGAGACGUUUUCUAAUAAAUGUAGUUGUGAUACUUUUAGCACAACAAUUCUCUGCUGCUGCAGCUUUUAUGGACGAGACUUGUGAACUGAACCGAGAAAUGGAACCACAGUGUCGCAGUUAUACCUACUCCGUUGUUAAGCCUAUGCUAGACUACUUGCACCAAGUGAACGAAGAGCUACAAGAAAGCAAAUCAAAAGAUGAAAUCAUAAAGGACUUAAAAGAAAAGUUAGUUCAGCAGGAAAUGAAUGAGGCAUUGAUAAAAGAAUUGCGAUCUCAAAUUGAUUUCCAAAAGAGAAUAGAUAGUCUAACUAAGAGCAAUAAGAAAUGCAAGGCCGAAUUAGCGAGUAAAUCUGCGGAGUUAGAUAGAUUGAAUGUUGAAAUGAAGAAACUAAGUUCUAGCCUUAUUGAUAAGGACAAAGAAAUUGUAAAAAAUUAAUAUCAGCAACAGUGGAGUUACAAUUAGAGCCGAUCUUUAAACCUGAUAAACAUACCAUUUUUUUUUUUUUUAAUAUUCAUAAUUUCCACUUAUCAUCACAGUUGCGUAUGACCUCAAACACCCAUCGCCAUAA